CCCUAGGGUGAUGGAGAAGCGUGCUGGGCGGUCCCUAAGGCUCACACGGAAAGAGAAGAGAGCAGUCGACUAGUAAUUGGGAUUCGACAAUGGCACCCAGAGGCUGCAACGUGAUGGAAGCGGCGGAAGAGCUUUCGGACCAGUUCCUUCAUCUGACAAAGAGAUUCCUGCCCCAUUUGGCUCGUCUCUGUCUGAUCAGCACCUUCCUGGAGGAUGGCAUUCACACCUGGUGGCAGUGGAAUAAACAGGAAUCCAUUAAGAUGUCUUGGAUCAGCAACUCUUUCCUGGCAUUAAUUUUGGGGAUGCUCAAUACAUUUGGGCAAUUGGUGGGAUGUGUGUUGAUUUUAGUCCAAAAGUGUGUUCCUUGUGCCUGUUUUGUGCUGUAUGGAAUCAUUUUCAUGCAGGUCAUGGCCUAUGGCCUUUUGUGGAACCUCAGAUUCCUGAUGAGAAAUGUUUCUUUGAGUGGUGGUCUGCUGUUCCUCUUAGCUGAGAGCCAAGCAAAAGGAAAGUCCAUGUUUGCAGGUGUCCCCACCUUGGAUUACAUCUGCCCCCAUCAGUACAUUCAGCUGGGAGGAAGAGUUCUUCUCCUCCUCAUGUUCAUAUCACUCCUACACUUUGAAGUGAGCAUGUUCGCUAUCUUCCAAGAUGCCUUCAAUAUGGUUCUCAUCAUCCUGGUGGCCAUUGGGUUCAAAACAAAACUUGCUGCUCUCACUCUUGUAUUCUGGCUACUCCUUAUCAAUGUGUUAGAGAACCCAUUUUGGACCAUCCCUGCCAACAGGCCUCUCCAUGAUUUUAUGAAGUAUGACUUUUUUCACACAAUGUCGGUAAUGGGAGGCCUUCUUUUGGUAGUAGCCCUUGGACCUGGGGGAGUUUCAAUGGAUAAACACAAGAAGUGGUAAAUAUUACAGCAGAAUAAUAGAGAGAAAUAGAAGAGAUGAAUUUUUUGCUUUCAUGAUUUUUAAUUCCCUUCUUGUAGAGCAGAAAAGAGUAUGGCCUCCUAUCUACUCAUAUGUUCUCCAAACAUCUCUUAUGACUUUCUGCUACCUCAACAGAGCAAUUUUUAUUUCUCUUCCUGUGCCAGUUAGAGAUAUAUAUAAGAAGGAGGGCAAUCUGGCCCAUUAUACUCUUAUCCUGGGAGUUUAUUGAAGAAAUUCCGUUAAUUUCAUGGUAUUCUGUGUAUUCACAUGGGCCAAAGGAUAAUUCUAGGGUUAGGAUUAGGGUUCUUCAUUUCACUUUGGGAACCUAAACCUAAAAGAACUGAUUGUACCAUAGGCACCCAAAUUAUGUAUUAUCAGAAUUGGGCAUAUAUCUUUCGAAGCUAUCAUUUUCCUUGGUUUCUUCAGAACAAGAUCUUUUUGUUGAUCUCCUUUUUAGCCAGUUUGGUAGAAUCCAGUCUUUGUCAGUCGUACAGCUGACAUGGUGGUCCCUUUCUGGAGAUCAUUGUCAAAAACACUAUGCCAGUAUAACCUAGGUCCUCGGGUGUUGGAAUCUUUACAAAUUGUUAAGUCAUUAGAGUUGAUAGAGACAAUAAUUAUCUAAUUUAGCAUGGUUCAGUAUCACUGAUCUGAUCUUACAAGAAGAUAUUUUGGGCCAGAACCUGAAACAAGGUACUAAGUAGAACUAAUUGAUACAAUGCUUGUGUUCACACCAGUAUUCAUUGGAGUUCAUAAGUAUGGGAUGGUCACAAAGUAAACUUUGUAACUUUGUGAAUUCACACCUCCUUUAGGUGUGCCUCCAGAAGGAGGAGUCAACCUUUGGGAGAUCAUAUAUAAAGAGGCUCUUAGUUUUGGGUUAGAGAGAGUUACUUCAGAACAUUGACUGGGGUUGGAGAGGAGCACUCUGGGAGGAAGCCCACAAGCCCUCUCUCUGAGGCAAGAGAGAUUCAUUCCGUUUUCCACUUGGCUGGCUGGAGGCUGAAGAAAGCAGAGGCAGAAGCAAAGGACAAUCUGCAAGAGCUCUUGGAACCAAGCAGAGAGAUAGGAUUCAACUAACCAGACUAUUUUGGAAGGAGAAAAUAAACGUUUGCAUUUUUACCAGCUGGCUGCAUUUUGGGUGAUUAUUACUCUUAACCGAAACUAAGGCUGCCUCCAGAAAAUCUCCCUGAGAAACCUGCUUUCUCCCAGAGAGAACCAUUAUUCUAUUUUAAAGAAGAAAAACACCACACUUGGGUACCAAUGAAUACAUUUAACAGGACUCUGCAUCAGCUUGGGACUCUCCCCUUCUCUUUUCCUCCAUAAAGCUUUCUUUCAUAGUAAUUUACCACCAACUUAUCCAGACUUAGGUUACCCUCAUUUUCAUUUUCAUAAGUUAUAUUGACUGUUGUUAGCCAUCUGUUAUUAGCCAAUGAACAGACCAGAGUAUCCCAGGAUAUUCUACAACUGCCUCAUUAUCCAUGUAAGCUCCAGAGAGGUGGCUUUUGUUCUAACUU